AUUUUUUGAUACUUAGUUGAAGAUUCCCUCAUUCCUUGUUUGUUUUUAGCUUCCUUCUCACUGUAAUUUCUAGUCUAAUGGAGCUCCAAAGCCCAACAUAUUAGGGCAAAAAAGAAGAAGGAAUAAAGAAAGGAAAUGGUUAUGGUGUGAAACACACACAAAACGCUUUCCUUCUCCCAUCAUUCCUGGUUUUCAAUACCAACUUGAAUUGCCGUACGGCAAAAUUACAGUGAAAGCGAAGCAAAAAGACAAAGAAGAUAGUGAUUUUUGCAAGGAAAUGUUUGAAAGUUAUGCAGAAGCUGCUGCGUCUAACCCCUUGUUCUGCGGCCCCCAUCCUCAGCCCUUUAUCCACUAUAUUACCCCAUCAUGUUUCCCUUAUCCCUCUAGGGUUUAAGCAAAAUAGCCACAAACGCACCUUACAUUCCCUAAGGUUUAAGCAACACAGUCCCUUUUCACUUCCCUUCUCAAUGCCGCCGGCUGCCACCGCUUUACAGUUACGUAGUUCCGGUAUGCCUCCCUCUCUUAGUGGUCUGAACCCCAUGAUUUCCAUGUGUAAUUAUACCACGUCUUCGAGUUCCCCCCGUUACGCCUUGAGCUCUGGCAAUAGGUGUCGAAUUUGCCGGUGCUCCAUCGAGAGUGCUAUAGCUGUUCCUGAUAGAGCAUGGGUUGUACUUAAGGAGAGUCGUAGUGGGUCUCGUUUGUCUUGGUUUCGUACCUCUUCUACCUCAUCCGAUAUGGGGUUUCCGAUUUCUGCUAUGAAUAGUGAAGACGACGGUGGUGGUGGCGGUGGCGGUGAGACUGAGAAAGGAUUGUCGGCUUCGGAGGUGAAGCCCGCGAGAUUAAACAGGAGGCAGAGGAGUUCUUUGGGUGGUAGCUGUAGUCCUCCUCCAUUACUCCCCGGAAAUCCAGAUUUGUUGAGAAUUCCAGGCGUGGGACCGAGGAACUUGAGGAAGCUCGUGGAGAAUGGCAUUGCUGGUGUUGCUGAGCUCAAGAAAAUCUACAAGGACAAGUUUUAUGGAAAAUCGAAUCAGAAGAUGGUCGAGUUUUUACAAUCCUCUGUGGGCAUUAUACAUAGAAACCAUGCUGAGAGCAUAACCACCUUCAUCAAAGAGAGCGUGAAUGAAGAAAUGAAAGAUGGUGGUGCCAAUUCUGAUGCCAUUCCAGCCCAAAAGAAGCGACUUACUUUCUGUGUAGAAGGAAAUAUAAGUGUGGGGAAGACGACUUUCUUGAAGAGAAUUGCUAAUGAGACUCUUGAGCUUCAGGAUCUUGUUGAGAUUGUUCCUGAACCUAUUGAUAAAUGGCAGGAUAUUGGACCUGAUCAUUUUAACAUUUUAGAUGCCUUUUAUUCUGAGCCACAAAGGUUGAUGGAAAGAAGUGUUUUCAGCGAUAGAAUGGUGUUUGUGAGAGCUGUUCAUGAAGCAAACUGGAUGAAUGAGAUGGAAAUCAGCAUUUAUGAUUCAUGGUUUGAUCCAGUUGUUUCAUCUCUGCCUGGACUUAUUCCAGAUGGAUUCAUCUAUCUGAGAGCAAGCCCUGAUACCUGCCACAAACGAAUGAUGCUACGCAAGAGGGAAGAAGAAGGUGGAGUAAGCCUUGAUUAUCUUCGUGGUCUGCAUGAAAAACAUGAGAGCUGGCUGUUACCAUUUCAAACCGGAAACCAUGGUGUUUUAUCUGUCACCAAGCUCCCCCCUCACAUGGAUGCCUCCUUGCAUCCUGGUAUAAAAGAUCAGGUUUUCUAUUUGGAAGGCAAUCAUAUGCACUCAAGCAUUCAAAAGGUCCCUGCUUUGGUUCUUGAUUGUGAACCCAACAUUGAUUUUUCAAAGGAUAUUGAAGCUAAGCAGCAGUAUGCUCGUCAAGUUGCAGACUUCUUUGAAUUUGUGAAGAAAGCGAAAGAAGUUCCAGAAAAUGGGUCAUCCCAAUCACAGGUGCUAUCACCUCCUAGUGGUGGGUUGUGGGUCCCACCACAGGUACAGGGGAAGAAUUUUCCUGAGUCUCUAAAAUCAUUGGACUUGAGAAAGGCCAUGUCUCUCAUGUCUAGGACUGGCUCUACUUGAUAGUUGGCUUAUUGCUUGUAAAAAGAAAAAAUAUCUUCUUACCUCCCUCUCUCUCUCUCUCUCUCUCUCUCUCUCUCUCUCUCUCUCUCUCUCCUUGUUCAUGUAGUUUCAUCAAAUUGUGGAUUAUAACUUUGUUU